UCUCCCUUGUCCCCAGCUUCGCCACGAGGAGGCCAUCGUGAAGAGCCUUCCCCGUUCAUCGACUGCUCAUCCCUGCACUCCCCAGCUUGGAGGUACGGUCUCCACUGAGGCUGCCUCUUCGAGGUUUCUUGAGCGUCCGCCGGUCUUCCGGGGGGGACCGAAACUGGUCCUCCUUCAGAAUCUUUGUUCGGCGGAUCUGUCGUCUGCAAUCGGGCAGAUCGGGCACGUCCGCAGUGUCUAGAUUGCUCCCAAGAAGUAGGUUUGGCACUUCCGGGCGCGGGUGUUGGAGCGUGAGCAGCCAUGAAGGGCAUAGCGGGAGCUUUCACUUCGACAUUGUCGACUGCCGCCGGCACCGCUUUAACGGCGGGAUCUUUGGUCGCAGGAGCGGGGGCGAAAGUGCAGGGAAUAAUCCUUCCCUCAGCCAAGAAGCAUGGAGUGAAGCGGGCCAAGGUUCGAAUCACGAUGGGAGACAACGUGAACGACGGCAUGCUCGGCAAAGCGAGGAUCGUCAUCGUCGGGGAYGGCAAGGAGAUUCCGGACGGCCCUCGCGCCCCCGCAGGUUCGACGGKCGACAAGGACGGCUUCGAUCUUGGGUACGUGAUGUGGAAGUACGGCAGCACGGUGUCGGCGACCAUCGACGACCUGCCCGAGAACGURAAUCCGACGGUGAUCCUGCUUUACAACGACUCKAGCAACGGCAAGUGGUACGUGAAGAAGGUGGAGAUCGAGACGACAUCUUACGCAGCCGACGGCGGAGGCGAGAACGGCACGGUGAAGAAGUACGUGUUCCCCUGUUUCUCGUUCGUCCCGAACUCAAGCGGAGGGCGCGUCAUCUUCGAGGGCAACUCCCGGCUCCCGUGGCAGACUCCUGCGAGGAUCAACGAGCUGUACCGCGUGGCGGCGCUCCAGAAGCAGCAGGAGGUCUACAAGUUCGACGUGUACAACGAUCUGAGCAGUCCAGCGAACCUUGUCGAUCGCGGCAGCGCGAACUUCCGACCCACGCUCCACCCGUAUCCGAAGCGACAGUCGUCGAGCAUCUCCGGCAAGAGCGUAGGCAUUCCCAUCGACGACGACUUCGACUUCUCGAAGACGUACGACUUCAUAUCCGAGGCAGUGAAAGCCACGGCGAAGUCGCUGAUCGCGGAUCCUCUGACGUUUCAGAGUAACCGGCCGUGGAAGAGUGUGAGCGCGAUGACCAGUGCGCUCUUCGGAGGGCUCAUGGGCCUGCGCAAGCCCGCCGUGCUGAGCUCGGGAGUCGACUGGAAGUCCGACAAGGAGUUCGGCAGGCAGACGCUCGCGGGGGUUAACCCCAUGGAGAUACAACUACUCCGCGCCUUGCCCCAAGGUUUCAGCGUCUCCGACGCCGACCUGGGGAAUGCGCUGCCGGCCGGACUCACUCUCGCCGCCGCGCUGGGCGCUGAACGCGUCUUCAUCCUGGACUACAGCUUGCUCGAGACGUUCAGGCCCAUCGUCAACCGCCCUCCUGCGGAUGGAAAGCCGUCCAAGUACCUCUAUGCUCCGCGCUGCCUGCUGCUGCGCGACGAUGAGGGGAACGUGAUCCCCAUUGCCGUGGAGCUGGAGAGAGGGGGGAAGGUGUACACGCGCGCGAGAGACACGAGCGUCGGGAACUGGCAGUGGACUCUGGCCAAGGCCUACGUGGCGACGGCGGACAGCAUCGUCCACCAGGUGACCAGACACUGGCUCGAGUGCCACGCCAUCGGGGAGGURUACCUGGUUUCUCUCCGCAGGAGAGUGUCGGAAUGGCAUCCCCUCUUCAAGCUGCUCAUCCCCCAUUUCCGGUUCACGAUGAGCAUCAACUACAGGGCGCGCACGAAUCUGAUCAACGCCGACGGGAUCAUCGAGUCCAACUUCACCCUGGGGCCCAAGUGCAUGGCGCUUUCCCAGGAGAUGUUCAAGUCCUGGACGUUCCGGUGCCAGGCCCUGCCGGACAACUUGAAGAAGAGGGGAGUUUACGACAAGGCCGUCCUCCCCUACUUUCCUUACCGAGACGCAGGGAUGCUGAUCUGGAACGCGAUCUGCAAGUACGUGCGCGCUUACCUGAAGAUUUACUACGGGGAAGGGGCGGCGGCCAGCGCUGCCAUCGCCCAGGACGCCGAACUCGCGGCCUGGUGGGAAGAUGUCAAGUAUGGCAACUCCAAAUCGGAGUUCGCGGCAGAUGAGCGSGAGGAGUGGCCGGCUAUGGAGACUCUGGAGGAUCUGGUGUUCGUCUGCACCACGAUGAUAUGGAACGCCAGCGCGCAGCACUCGGCCAUCAACUUCAGCCAGUACGACUUCUCAGCGUUCGCACCGAAUCAUCCGACGUACCUGAGGAGGCCAAUGCCAGAGGAAGUCGAUGAGAAGACCUUCAUGGAGACCCUGCCUCUGCCGCGCGACCAGCUCUCGGCGCUGGUCGUCGUGGAUUUGCUGUCCAGGUUCUCGGACGACGAGGAAUACAUCGGCAGGCUGGAUCAGAGCGCAUUCGGGUGGCUCGUGGAUCCUGCAGCUCAGCAGGCGUACAAGCAGUUCGCCGACGAUCUCGACGACGUGCAGGAAGCCGUCAAGCGGAUGAACGAAGACAACAAGGCCAAGGGUCGCCUGCCGUACAUCUAUUUGUUUCCUCGGACCAAUCGCGACGAAUUCUACGCAUUCCAAAGCACUCCCAACGGCAAUCAGGGCAUCCCGAACAGCGUGUCCAUCUAGGUAGGUAGGUCAUCAAACGUGAGUGACUCCACAAGUCGUUUCGUUUGUGGGUGUUUCUUCAAAACAACUUUUUUUUUCAGUUCGUUUUCGUGACGUCGACAGAAUUGUUACGGACUUGGUAGUUUUUUAAUGUCGUUUCGUUUGUUUUUUUAAGGUCGGUUUAGGCACCUGCCCGGAGGGAAUCUCUCGCGGUAGCUAUCGCAAUAAGGAAAAAGUAGUUUUUUUAACGGAUAUGGAGCGAGGGAGGUGGGCUGGGUGGGCGAGAAAGGAGGAGUUUCUUGCUGACGGUUAAAAGUUUAUUAGAGAGAAAGAGGUGUGUUGCAUCGUGAGUUGGGAUGCCAUGCUUGUGCGUUGCUUUCCUGAUAGGUAGAUCAUUGUAAGAAGGAGAUUCUUCGGUAUAGAAAUCAGAGAGGAGGGAGAACCGGAGAGGGUACAGGACUGCAGGAGUAAUGCUUGGCAUUUGUCGUGAAUCUAUUUAUGUUCGAUACGCAUCCGUCGGGCGCUUCGAUCGUUUUUCUUCAGUUGUUAUCACGAUGGCGGUUUGCCUUGCCCGAUGCUCUUCUCAUUGUAUGAUGCUGGGAGUCUCAAGUUGCUGGCUGGCAAGAGAUUACACAGAUCGAUGAUGGCCGGCUUGGAAAUCGAUCUUGUGCACGACCGGAUAAUUCUUGUUGAAAGCUCAACUUCGAGAUCCUCUUUGUGGUUGGUAGGUUAGGGUUUAGGGUUCAUCAUACUCCGCCGAUUAUUCGUAGGGAGUCGUGAGAUGAUUUGGCCUUUUUGGACGUCCCACCUUUUCUUUCGCCUGUCUUCGGAAGGCACAGAGUGUUAUGGCGGUUUUGGUGACGGCCACAAAUGGGGCACAACAAAGGGUUCUUUACAGAACAAGUGCUCUAAGACUCCCCCCCCCCCAAUCUAGUUGAACUAGAAAUCAAGUCUUCCCGGCUCUUUUUAUUAUUAUUGCUCCAGCCAUUUCAUUUGGUUUAGACUCUGCUCAAACGUCCCAUUUCAAGGUCGUUUUCUGCGUGGAAGAGUGUCCGUUGCAACCGGAGGGCAUUUUCGGGACGGAAUCUUGGAGCCUGGUGAAAGGAUGUGGGAUUCGAACCUUUGGCAGUUUUUUAUCAGGCGUUUUUUACUUCACGUAAUUGCCCGAAUUUCUUUGGUGGUUGGUUUCGCACGUUGAGACCCUUCCAUCAUGUGGGCGCUUUUGGAAGGUUUUCUGACACGUUUUUCAAUAGUGAGCGGCUGCUGCAUGAAGGGCGAAUUGUCCCAAGGGCGACUUUUGAGGAUAUAUUUUGUUGCCUCCUUUUUCCCAAGGUCCAUUUUUUGUGGAUUUAUCUUGUUGUGUCCUUUUUUCCAAAGGCGAAUUUGGAACUUUGAAGACUAUACGAAAGGCAGAUGUAAGGACUUGGCUUUGACUUUUUUGAAGGAACUAAAACAGCACGCAAUGGCGCUUCUACUUUCUUCCAGACUCGGUGCAUCCCACCUCGAACUGCUCCCGUUACAACAUCUCGGUUUUGCCCAACAAGGCCGCUCUCUGUUUUUGAUUAAAGAUGCCUUGCUGAGACCUGUGUCGACUCUUGAAAUUCUGCUUUCAGAAUACGGAAAAUGCAUGGGGAUUGUGCGCGCUUUAGUAAGAGCGCUAGGAAUUUGGCUCGGCAGUUAAAAAUUCCGAAAUAAAUGGAACCCGACGUG